GAUACUCUUCUUAAAUCUGUGCCAUAACUAAGUACAUCUUAAAUUCUAAGUAUAACAUAAUUUAUUUUUGGUUGUCAGAAAAUUUUUAUGUUCCACUUUACUAAGUUACACAUAAAAUGAAACGUAGCCAACUUCGCUUAGAUGUAAAAUGUCAAAAAAUUCAAAUUGUGUAAACGUAUGUGUGAUAUUUCAAAAACGGUAAAUUUAUAAAUAGAUUGUAAGACGCUUUGUGUUUGUUCAAAAGUUAUUAAUAAUGGCUGACAAAAAAAGGACAAGAAAUCCCAAUUUUUCUCUAAAAGAAAAGCGCACACUUUUAGAAUGUGCUUAUGAAGAAAAAGCAAUAAUUGAAAAUAAAAAAACAGAUGGAGUUACGUGGAAGGAAAAAGAAACAGCUUGGGAGAGAAUAGCAUCGAAUUUUAAUUCCCAUUCGGAUUCAGCAUGCUACAGGACCGUCGAAGCACUCAAAAAAUUUUACCAAGGCUAUAAAAAAGAAAUUAGGAAGGUGGCCGCAGACGAAAAAAUGUCCAGAAUUCAGACUGGAGGUGGCAAGGCCAUAAAUGUACGCGAUGAAAACUUUGAUCUUGCCAUAUCCAUUAUGAAUCCAAAAACAAUAACUGGAUAUGAAAACAUUUUUGAUGGUGAUGGUGCAGAUGAGUUGUUCGAAAAUGAACCCGGAACCAGUACAAACAUUAUUGAAGAAAGGCAGGAUGAUGAACCAAUUAAGGAUUGGGGAAAAUACAAACCUAGUCAAUUGAGAAACCCGAUACAUCCAAAAUUAAAGAAAAGUCAUGAGAAUAUAUCUGAUGAGCAGGAAGUUAUUAAUGAAAAUAUUGAUGACAAUAGCCCAAAAACUAGCAUUCUUAUGUCCAAAGGAUUUAAAAAGCAGUUUGGCAAUUCAACCACAAAAACAGAAAAUAAAAGUAACUGGUGUGGAAGGCGCAGACCAGUUGCCUCAACAUUACCUAGCAGCAAAGUAACCGAGCAAUAUACACAGCUAUCGGAAAUAAAAAUUGACCUUGCUAAGCUUCAAUAUGAUACCCAAAAAGAAGAAGCGACUCAAAAAAAAUAUACAGCCUCUAUUGAACACGAGUUAAGAAAACGUUCUUUUGGAUAUUGGAUAUAG